AUGGAUUUUGUAUCAACUAGUAGCAGCGCUUUCAAGCAAUCCUUGUGGAUUUUCGGCUAUGGUAGUCUUAUCUGGAAUCCGGGAUUCGAAUACUCGACGAGUCGCAAAGGAUACGCGAUCGGAUGGGUUCGUAGGCUCUAUCAAGGAAACACAUAUCAUCGAGGCGAUGAGAAAUUGCCGGGUCGUGUCGCAACGCUGAUUGAAGACGAGACGUCGUACACGAAUGGAGUGGCGUUUCGAGUGGAUGGAAAAUCGGAAAUCAGCAAAGUUUUGAAUUAUUUGAAAGAGAGAGAGAUCGACAACGGCUACGUCUUCCGAAUGGUGCCGGUUCAGAUGAGCAGCCCGUCGUCGCGACGGCCGAUCAUCGUUAUGGCUUUGACGUGCGUCGCCGAUGAGCAGAAUCAACUCUAUCUUGGUCCCGACGACGUCAGCAAAAUGGCUCGCGAGAUUGCGAUUGCGCGCGGUUGCGCCGGACCCAAUUGCGAGUAUGUGCUGAAAUUGGCUGAAAAUGUGCGAAAAUUGUUCCCGAAUGAUCAAGACGACCAUCUGUUCCAACUCGAGCACCACGUGCGAACCGCCAAAAUUCGGGCCCAAUAA